CAGAAGAAUAUUCCGUUGUUUCUUCAAAAUAAAAAUAAAUAAAAAAACAUUUUAUUACGGCAAGGGUUUGCGUCUGUGAUUCGUGUUGUACCUAAUCUCAAUCCGUUUCUUUUCAGUCUCUGAUCCAAUUCUUAGAUCUUCCGGCUGUUGCUAUCGUCAACUAAUCAUGGUUCUUCACAGAGAACUCGACCUUCUCCUUUCAUCCUCUUUCAUUGAACCUCCCAAAGAUGGUGCGAAAUCCAGUGGCAUGUCUAUUGAAAAGAAGAUAGAGUUCCUCGAGAGCUUGACUGGAAAGGUCACAAAUCGAAGGUCCCGUAGGUGGUUAAAUGACCGUCUCUUGAUGGAACUAGUACCACGUUUAAAUGCAGAGGAAAUUAGAGGCUUGUUUGCUCCACCACCUUGGGGUGAUGAAGUUCCUCCUUCUACAUUUUCCAUGACUGACAUGGAAGAGUGGGACAGAUUCAGGAAUAUAGACAUGGAUAAAGAGGUUAAUAUAAUUCAUGCCCUGGAAAAUUCUGUCGGAAAGAGGAAAGGUCACAUUGAUGCUGACAAGUUGGCAGUGCUGAAUGGUUGGCAUAGAGUCGACUGUAGAACAAGAGAGGCACUUCGCCGCAGUUCUCUUUUUGAGCUCAUUGAGGGUUAUGAGGAAUGUGUACGGGCCUUCAUAACAGAAAGCACAGAUGGAGAUGUUCUUGAACUACAAAUUAAGGAUCCUUUUCAUAGAUUGUUACUGCAUGGAGUUUGUGAGUUCUACAAUCUGGCGUCGGAUACAGUGACAGAUUAUAAUGGCGUGGAGUCGUCAAAGAUGACAAAGAUAAAGAAGAAAAAGGGUUCUCCCGUGCUCCCAAAUAUCACCCUGUCCCAUUUUCUGAAGAUGUCCAAGGAAGGAAGUUGGUAGUUUCAGUGUUGUCCAUAAAAUAAAACCUGAACCCUAGUGUUGUCCCAGGAUGAACAAUGUACAAGAUUUAGUAUUUUUUCAGAAUAUCACUGUAAAUUAGUUCGAUGACCUGUAUUUUAGUUGGUUGAUACUUGAUACCAUGAGUCAACGCAAGUUGUUGAUUGUUGGUUUACAUUGUUGUAGCUGAUUAUUCUGAUUUCAAUAAAUACCAAGUAUAUCUCAUUGUUCAAUUACA